CUCAAAAUCCUAAGAUCAAGAGUUGCAUGCUCCACCGGUGGAGCCGGCCAGGUGCCCCUUCAGUACAAUUUUAAAGUAGACUUUUAUGCAUGUUGUUUAAAGGGGUUUGUUUCAAAGCUUAAACCUAGAACACAAAAGCUAUAUUUUAGAAGUGGGCAGGAUGUCUGUCCGUGUCAGUGAAUUCAUCAUCGCAGCUUUCCUCAUUAAAGGCAUCCGAAGACAGCUGUCAGGUCCCCGGAGGCCCUGCCCCCGGACCAUGUGGCCCAGGAUGUGGUCUCUCCCACCAUCAACGUCUCGUGCCAGAACGGUGCAUGUAUGACCGAGGCUGAGCCUACACUCAUCACAACUACCCCACAUCCAUGGUUUAGGUUCGGUGGGGUUUUGACAAAUGUAUCACCGUUGCAGUGUCCUGCAGCGUCCUGUCACUGCCUGAGGCCCUCUGUGCCCCCUUUCUUCAUGCCUCUCUCCCUCACAUCUCUGGCAACCAGUCGUCUUCUCCCCCGGGCCCUCAGAGUUGGCUUCUCAGACUGGCGGCCACUUAGCAAGGCUUGGGAUCCUGGCGGACUGACACCCCUGGUUCUGGCGUCAUCUUCAGCUGAGCCAUGGCAACCCCGGAUGUGAGUGUCCACAUGGAGGAGGUGGUGGUGGUCACCACGCCAGACACCGCAGUGGACGGGAGUGGUGUGGAGGAGGUGAAGACUGUGCUGGUGACGACCAACCUGGCUCCUCACGGGGGCGAGCUGGCGGAGGACAGCAUGGAGACGGAAAAUGCAGCAGCGGCCGCGGCGGCUGCUUUCACAGCGUCCUCACAGCUCAAGGAGGCCGUGUUAGUGAAGGUGGCUGAAGAAGAGGAGAGCCUGGAGGCUGAAAUCGUGUACCCCAUCACCUGCGGAGACAGCAGAGCCAACCUGAUUUGGAGAAAGUUUGUGUGCCCGGGCAUCAAUGUGAAGUGUGUCCAGUAUGAUGAGCAUGUGAUCAGCCCAAAGGAGUUUGUGCACCUGGCCGGCAAGUCUACCCUGAAGGACUGGAAGAGGGCCAUCCGCAUGAAUGGCAUCAUGCUCAGGAAGAUCAUGGACUCCGGGGAGCUGGACUUUUAUCAGCACGAUAAGGUCUGCUCCAACACCUGCCGCAGCACCAAGAUCGACCUCUCAGGCGCCCGCGUGUCCCUGAGCAGCCCCACCUCGGCCGAGUACAUUCCACUCACGCCUGCCACGGCUGACGUGAAUGGGUCUCCCGCUACCAUCACCAUAGAGACCUGCGAGGAUCCCGGUGACUGGACCACGGCCAUCGGAGAUGACACCUUUUCCUUCUGGCGAGGGCUCAAGGACGCGGGUCUGCUGGAUGAGGUCAUACAGGAGUUCCACCAGGAGCUGAUGGAGACCAUGAAGGGCCUGCAGCAGCGGGUCCAGGACCCUCCCCUGCAGCUCCGAGAUGCUGUCCUCCUCAACAACAUCGUGCAGAACUUCGGCAUGCUGGACCUGGUUAAGAAGGUGCUGGCCAGCCACAAGUGCCAGAUGGACCGCUCGCGGGAGCAGUACGCCCGAGACCUGGCAGCCCUGGAGCAGCAGUGUGAUGAGCACCGCCGUCGGGCCAAGGAGCUCAAGCACAAAUCUCAGCACCUCAGCAACGUGCUCAUGACGCUGACGCCUGUCUCCCUGCCGCCCCCCACGAAGCGGCCCCGGCUGGCAAGGGCCACGUCCGGGCCGGCUGCCAUAGCCUCGCAGGUGCUCACCCAGUCUGCCCAGAUCGCCCUCAGCCCCGGCGUGCCCGUCUCCCAGCUGACUGGCGUGCCGCUCGGCAAAGUGGUGUCCACCCUGCCCUCCCCGGUGCUGGGCAAGGGCCCCCCCCAGGCUGCUCCUGCCAGCUCCCCUGCCUCACCACUGCUGGGGGGCUACACGGUGCUGGCCUCGUCGGGCGCCACCUUCCCUGGCACGGUGGAGAUCCACCCGGACGCGUCCAGCCUCACGGUCCUGAGCACGGCCGCCAUGCAGGACGGCAGCACUGUGGUCAAGGUGGUGAGUCCCCUGCAGCUGCUCACCUUGCCAGGCCUGGGCCCUACCCUACAGAACGUGGCCCAGGUGUCACCUGGUGGCAGCACCAUCGUGACAGUGCCCACGGGAGCCGUCGAGAGCACCAUGGCCGCCUCAGGGCCCGAGGAGCACGCAGCCACCAUCGAGGUGGCCGCCAUGGCGGAGGGCCAUGAGCACAAGUAGACGCUGGUGGAGGGCGAGGCCCCUCGUGGGCACAGGGCUGGCCGCCUCUCCUCAAACCGCGCUGGGCGGGAGCACAUAGCCCCGGCGCCCCGCGGGUCACGUUGGGCUGAACCAAAGAGCGGAAACACCAAAACAGACGAGGAGCAAAAGGGAUCUCAGACGACAGACCUGUGCAGCCAGCCUCGCACUUGCACUUCCUCCCCC